UGCCAGAUCAUCCACCCGCCGCGGGACGGGGGGAUCCGCUACCGGGGGUUGACCCCCGAGGAGGUGCAGAGCGUUCGCUUCCUCCCCUUCGACUACGAGAUCGAGUACGUCUGCCGGCCCGACCGCGAGAUCGUGGGGCCCAAAGUCCGCAAGUGCCAGCGCGACGGCACCUGGACCGCCAUGGGCCACCCCAGCCGCUGCCUGAGGACCUGCCCCAAAAUGCACCUGAGCUUGGAGAACGGGCAGGCGGUGGCACGGGCGAUGGAGCGGGUGCCGGUGGAGGGGACGUGGACCGAGUACAGCUGCAACCCCGGGUUCCGCCUGGUGGGCAGCACCCGCAGUAACUGCACCAAGCUGGGGCGCUGGAGCACCCCCAAACCCACCUGCGAGC